AUGUAUUCAUUUAUAUCUGCUACAUGCCUAGCCAAUAUCAACGUUUCAUGUGAGAAAACUAGCAGUACACUUGAAGUUAGUAUGCCAUCGGGAGGAGUCACUGAUACAAAUAAGAUUGCUAAAGUAGUGCAAAUAGAUUUUGACGGGCUAAUCCUUAAGAUAGAUUUACAUGUCAUAGAAUUAAAAGAUUUUGACAUUAUUUUGAGUAUAGAUUGGUUAGGUAGCAAUAGAGCUACAAUUGUAUGUUUUGAGAAGGAGGUGAUCUUCAAAAGGCUAGGAGAUGAAGAGUUUAGAUUUUAUGGUUCAAAGAUUAAGGCAUUCCUUCAUCUUAUCACGGCUAUCCUUACAGGCACACUAUUAGAAGAGUUAACAUUGAAUAAAGUACCUGUUGUGCAAGAAUACGCUGAUAUAUUUCCUAAUGACCUACUGGGUGCCUCAAUUGAUAGACAAGUGGAGUUUACAAUAGAUUUGAUACCUGGAGUUGCAACGGUGUCUAAAGCUCCAUAUCGUAUGACACUAAAAGAACUAUAG